AUGGGCAACAUGGCACGAGACGCCGCGGUUGUCUCAGACGACGACUACGAAGUCGAGGACAUGUACUUCACCUACCGUCCGCUGUCGAACCUCCCCACACCACCGCUGUCCUCGCGAAACUCUUCAGCCGACCACAGCCCCAAGGCUUCUUUCGACGGGCUUGACGCCGAGCUGCUCCAGGACAAGUACCUCGGCCCUGCCGUUCAUCUUAUCAACCUCGUCCCCACCUCGGCAUCUCUCCGCACGCCCUCCACCAGUGCUGUCCAAUCGCUCCUUGCACGAACCGCCCUGCCUCUCGAGUCGAUCGCCCUCGCAUCCUGCAUCCUCGACUCUCUCAACUCCAAGUUUGCCCUCGCCUGGCGCCUCUCCUGCCCGCUCAUUGCCGAUCCCAGCCUGUCGCCUAGCAAGCGCCACUCUCUCGCGGGGCCCUUCUUCCAGCAGCGCCAGAUGCACAUCGACUCUGUCCAGCCCGAGCUCAUCAUUCUUGCUGCGCUGGUCAUAGCCGCCAAGUUUACCGAGGACCAGCAAGACCCCACUGCAUACUACUGUGCCUCGUGGGGACGCAACAUUUGGUCCUGCGAGCAACUCAACGUCACGGAGCGUUGCAUCUGCGAGAACCUCAACUGGCGCAUCAAGCCACUCGCUGACGACGAGGACCUGAUUACCGAGACGCUGGUCGAUAUGCAGCUCGCCGCACGGCACUACCGGCCGGCCCCACGACCUGUGCAGAAGAAUGCAAGUGACGGAAGCGGCCACAGCAAAAGCAAGAGUAUGAGCGUUGGCACUGCGGUCGUUGGCCUUGGCCUGCAGCUGACUCCUGUCGACACCCCAGUGUACGAUGAAGACGGCGGUGGUUCGCCGGCGAGCGACUACCUAUCCCUGCCACGAUCGGCCACUCUUGGCUCUUUGUCUCCCGUAGGCGAGGAGAGCUAGAUCGCGGGCGUUACAUUGUGUCGAUGAGCUCGAAGCUUAAUUUUUUAAUGUUGCAUUUUUUACGACUCAACUGGUGGCACUAGCGAUAUGGGGCGAAUUCGACACCACGCAUGGGAUGCGUUUGGUAAAGGCGUUUCGCGUGCAUCAAAAUGAUAUCGGGUCAUAUAUGGGGGGUCACAUAGUGCACAUUUGUUCACCAUCAUCUUUCUAUCGGUUUGGGAUCAUGGACUCGGAGGCGCGGAUCGAGGUUCGGCGUUCUGCGGCAUGCACAUAUGGGGAUCGGAACAUGGGACGGAGAACCAGCGAUUUCCCUCUAUACUUUCUUAUAGCCUUGCUAUUUCUAAUGUUUAUACUUCAGACCU